AUGCAGACUGAAAUAAUUGCAAGCAUCUUCAAAAUAGACCGUAAACCGUACGAAUUGGUUCCAAAGGCGUUUCUUCGCAAUUCGGAGAUGGAGAUGUCAGUUGACUACCACAGUGGCCUAUUGAAGCUGUCUGAGGGUGAUGAAGUUGAAAUCAAGCUGUAUCUGAAUGAGAUGCCUGAGAUGGAGCAGAAUGCGUAUGUGAUGAGUGGAAUUGUCUAUGAAGUGGAUGAUAGCAACGUGAAAUGCUCAUUUGGUGGACUGCUACUGGACUAUAAGGGCAGAAAUGAGGAUAUCGAAUCAGGGGCCAUAAUACACGCAUCAAUCAAGAGGAUUUAG